AUGAACGAGCAUGGGCCAACUGGGCAAUCUCCUAUGGCCAAGCAUGGACGAGAUCCUAUAGGCGAGCACCAUGGGCCAGCUUCAUGGGAGAGCUCCUAUGGGUGCUUAGGAGAGCCUACUUCACUGGCUAGGCGCGUAGGAAAGGCUGCUACGCUACGCAGGAGGGGCUGCUAUGGUGGGCAGGAGAGGGGCGCGCUAGGCACCAUUAGAGGAGCGCCUAUGGCGCUAGGUGGGAUGUUCCAGGCAUUAAGUGCUAGCGGUGAGAUGCCUAUAGUGUUGGACCCUACUGGCGAGGCACCUGUAGCGUUGGGUGUUACUGGUGAGGCACCUAUGCUGCCAAGCAAGAUGCAGUUGGCGAUGGGUGCCUCUUGUGAAACNUACUCCAACGGGCUGAGGUCCUUGCCAUUGGGUGAGCUUUUAUGGGCAAGCAUGGGUGAGCUUCAUAUGCAAGAUAUUAUGGGCGAAGAUCAUGGGUGA